GCGAGAGAGAGCAAAAGAGAGUACGAAGUUGGUUUCUUAUAAGUUUGUUACACUUCGUUGCUUGAUUGAAUAUUAUAUAUUGAAGAUUGAUUGUUGACAUACUUAUAUUAAAUAUAAUAUAAUAAUAUUAAAUAUCAAAAUGUGGAGGCUUAAGGUAGCAGAGGGAGGCAAUAAUAAUAAUAAUAAUAUGAACGUAAAGGAGAAAAAGGCAUACAUAUACAGCACAAAUGAAUUCGUGGGGAGGCAGAUAUGGGAGUUUGAUGCAGAAGCAGGAAGCCAGGAAGAGAGAGCAGAGGUUGAAGCAGCCCGUUCCACAUUUUACAACAACCGUUUUCAUCUCAAGCCAUGCAGCGACCUCCUUUGGCGGAUGCAGUUCUUGAGAGAAAAAAGAUUCCAACAGACAAUUCCCCAAGUGAAGGUUGAGGAUGGUGAAGUAAUCGCAUGCGAAAAGGCUACAACUUCACUGAGGAGGGCUGUCCAUUUCUUUUCAGCCUUGCAAGCCGCUGAUGGUCAUUGGCCUGCUGAAAAUGCUGGCCCACUGUUUUUCCUUCCUCCUUUGGUCAUGUGCUUGUAUAUUACAGGACACCUUUCUUCUGUUUUCACUGCAGAGCACCGCAAGGAAAUCCUUCGCUAUAUAUAUUACCAUCAAAAUGAAGAUGGUGGGUGGGGAUUGCAUAUCGAGGGCCAUAGCAUCAUGUUCUGUACAGCUCUUAACUAUAUUUGUAUGCGAAUACUUGGACAAGGACCUGACGGUGGACAAGACAAUGCUUGUGCAAGAGCAAGACAAUGGAUUCUUGAUCAUGGCGGUGUAACGUAUAUUCCUUCCUGGGGGAAGACUUGGCUUUCGAUACUUGGUUUGUUUGAUUGGGCUGGAUGUAACCCGAUGCCUCCUGAAUUUUGGAUUCUUCCAUCAUUUCUUCCCGUGCAUCCAGCUAAAAUGUGGUGCUAUUGCCGGAUGGUUUAUAUGCCCAUGUCAUAUUUAUAUGGCAAAAGGUUUGUCUGUCAAAUCACACCUCUUAUACUGCAAUUGAGGGAAGAGCUUCAUGCUCAACCUUUCAAGGAAAUUAAUUGGAGGAAAGUGCGUCAUCUGUGUGCUAAGGAGGAUCUAUAUUAUCCCCAUCCUUUGAUACAAAAUCUACUCUGGGAUAGUCUAUAUAUCUGUACUGAGCCCCUUCUUACACAUUGGCCCUUUAACAAAUUGGUUAGAGAGAGGGCUCUUCAAGUUACAAUGCAUCAUAUUCACUAUGAAGAUGAGAACAGUCGGUACAUUACAAUUGGAUGUGUAGAAAAGGUGUUAUGCAUGCUUGCUUGUUGGGUAGAAGAUCCAAAUGGUGACUAUUUCAAAAAGCACCUGGCUAGGAUACCUGAUUAUAUGUGGGUUGCUGAAGAUGGAAUGAAAAUGCAGAGUUUUGGUAGUCAAGCGUGGGAUGCUUGUUUUGCCAUACAAGCUUUGCUUGCAAGUAAUCUCAUUGACGAAAUUCCAUUGACACUUGCUAGAGGGCAUGACUUUUUAAAGAAAUCUCAGGUCAAAGAAAAUCCUUCUGGUGAUUUUAAAAGCAUGUGCCGUCACAUUUCUAAAGGAUCAUGGACAUUUUCUGAUCAAGAUCACGGAUGGCAAGUUUCUGACUGCACUGCAGAGGGCUUGAAGUGUUGCUUGUUGUUCUCAUUGAUGCCACCUGAGAUUGUUGGUGAGCAUAUGGAGGCAGAGAGGUUGUAUGAUUCUGUUAAUCUCAUACUUUCUCUACAGAGUAAGAAUGGUGGUUUAUCAGCUUGGGAGCCAGCAGGAGCACCAAAGUGGUUAGAAUUGCUUAACCCCACUGAAUUUUUCGUGGACAUUGUCAUUGAGCAUGAAUUUGUGGAAUGUACUUCAUCAGCAAUCCAAGCUCUAGUUUUAUUUAAUAAGUUACACCAGGAGCAUAGGAAAAAGGAGAUAGAAAAGUUCAUAGCCAAUGCUGUCAAAUUUCUUGAGGACAUACAAUUGCCUGAUGGUUCAUGGUAUGGAAACUGGGGGGUUUGCUUCACAUAUGGCACAUGGUUUGCCUUGGGAGGAUUGACAGCUGCUGGCAAGAGUUACGACAACAGUCCAACUAUACGGAGAGCAGUUGAAUUUUUACUGAGGAAACAGAAUGAGGAUGGUGGCUGGGGAGAGAGUUACCUUUCAUGCCCAAACAAGGAAUAUGUACCUCUUGAGGGAAACCGUUCAAAUUUGGUACAAACUGCAUGGGCAAUGAUGAGUCUGAUUCAUGCCGGACAGGCAGAAAGAGAUCCAACACCUCUUCACUGUGCAGCAAAGCUAAUUAUCAAUUCCCAAAUGGAAAAUGGUGAUUUCCCACAACAGGAAAUGACGGGAGUUUUCUUGGCGAACUGUAUGCUACAUUACGCAGCAUACAGGAAUAUCUACCCAUUAUGGGCUCUAGCAGAAUACUGCAGAAGACUACCUUCUAAAGCUGAAUAAAAAUGUGACUGCCCUACCAUAGCUUAUACACCUAUAAGCAAGAGCAUAAAAGGUAGAAUUAAGCAAGUUGUUAGUUCGUUUUCUAUAAAUUGUGACAAAAUUGUUUUCUUCUCUUGAUAGUUUUUAGAUGUCUAGGUGGAUGAGUUGCUGUUGUAUACUUUGCCAUGGAUUGAGGUUUAAGAAAGGAAAAGAGAGAAGAAUUAUUUUCCCACUGGGCUUUGUUGUUAAACUUGAUUAUAUAUAUAUAGAUAUAUAUAUAUAUAUAUAUAUUCUUUUUCUC